AUGUCCGGACUCGGCGGUCUCAACAAAUCCUCCGACGACUCCAUCACCAUCGGCCUCUGCCAAUCCCAACUCCUCCGCGUCCUCACCCCCGCCGACCUCCACGCCGCGACCCAACACGUCUGCGCCCUCGUGACCAAAGCCCGCAAGUCCUACCCGCUCAUGGACCUGAUCGUCUUCCCCGAAUACUGCAUUCACGGCCUGAGCAUGUCGACCGACGACGCGAUCAUGUGCACGCUGGACGGGCCCGAAGUCCAAGCCUUCCGGGAGGCGUGCGUGGAGAAUGCGAUUUGGGGCUGUUUUAGUAUUAUGGAGAGGAAUGCGUUGGGGAUGCCGUGGAAUACGGGGGUGGUGAUUGAUGAUCAGGGGAGGGUGGUGAAUUAUUAUCGCAAGAUGCAUCCUUGGGUGCCGGUGGAGCCUUGGUACCCAGGGAAUAGGGGCAUACCCAUAUUCGAGGGCCCGCGAGGAAUCCGCAUGGCUCAUAUAAUUUGCCACGACGGACAGUUCCCCGAAAUGGCCCGCGAAUCGGCCUACCAAGGCGCCGAAACCCUGAUCCGAACUGCUGGCUACACCGCGCCCAUAAAACCCUCCUGGGAAAUCACCAACCGCUCCAACGCCUUCUGCAACCUCCUCUGGACGUGCUCGGUGGCGCUCGCCGGCUCCGACGGGACCUUCAACUCAAUGGGCGAAGCCAUGUUCUGCUCCCCAGAAGGCCACAUCGUACACUCGUCGACCCCGUCUAACACACCCGACGAGAUCUUCGCGUGCGAGAUCAUCAAGGGCGACGCAAUGGGGAAGCGGGAGCGGUGGGGCGUGGAGAAUAAUCUGUAUCAGUUGGGGCAUCGGGGGUAUUGUGCGGUGGAGGGCGGGGCGGGGGAUUGCCCGUAUGGGUUUAUGAGGGAUCUUGUUGCGGGGAGGUAUAGGCCGUUUGGGGAGGAGAGGGUGAGGAUUACGGAUGGGACGGGGUGUGGGAUUGAGAGGCCGAGGGGGAAGUAUGUGGUUGAUUGA